GUUGAUGAUUGACGAGCACUGUAAUUACGCUGACAAUUGCUGUAUUAAUCCCUCAAAAAAAAAUUUCGAUCGUUGACUAUUCUUAUCGGAAAAAAACAUGGAGUAUUCCGUUAAAUUUUCUGAAAAUUGUCCUAAGGAGCUACGUGCAACAAUACUCGAUUGUUUUAAGUCUGCAGGAUUAAUAUGCGAACUAGUAAACGAAGACAAAAAUAUAGUUCACGUUUCAGCUACAUUCAAGGCAUUGGUUGAUCAGGCCAUGAAGCUAGGGAUUUGGACAGCAAAGAAAGGAAAGGAUCCACUGAUAUUGCAAGAAAUGUCAGUGGACCAACUUGAAGAAUUUCAAGACAUUGAAAAUAAAGAAACUUUCUUCUCCCCAGCAGAGAAAUCACAACUUGUUUAUUCCUGUAUUAUUGGCAUCAGCAAAACGUCUGUACCACUGUCAAAGUAUAAUGUUGGAUUAUGUGGGAUUGAGGAGAGUUUAGUUGUUGCUCUGCAACACAGUGAAAUUCAGAUCAUCAGGGAAGUUCAGGCACUUCAUAUCAAGGAGGAAAAAGAUCGACUGUGGUGCAAAAUGAAAGAAAAUUGGUUUGAAUGUCCAGCAAAUGAUAUCCGAAAUUACUUUGGCGAAGAAAUUGCAUUUUACUUUGUGUGGAUGUCGUAUUUCCGAUUGGCGUUAUGUAUCCCUUCAGUGUUGGGCAUUUUUGUGUAUUUUUGGCGAAAUCCUGGCAUCACCGUUGAUGAUAAUUUUCUCCUUCCAUUUUACGCGCUUUUUAUCGUCAUCUGGGCUGUUUUCUUUAUCGUUGUAUGGCGAAGGCGCGAAGCUGAAUUGUCCUAUCUUUGGGGCACGUAUGUUUACCAAGACGAAUGUGAGAUUAGGCCGGAAUUCAAUGGUGCAAUACGAAUUAGUCCAGUUACAGGUAAACUUGAAAAAUACUUUCCCAGGUGGCGCCGUUGGUUGAGAUAUCUUGCCAGCUUUCUAUUUACGAUGCCAAUGUUGAUGGUUGCUGUUGUUGCUAUGAUAUGUUCUCUUAAUCUCAAUGGAUACAUUAAAGACAAACAUAGUCCCAUCUACUUCUCAUCUCUGGCUUAUUAUGCUGAACCGGGUCACAUAUUUGCUGGUGAUAAUCCAUAUCACGGCUAUUUAAUCCCAACAGUUGCUCACUCAGUGGUAAUCAAUAUCUUCAACACGAUCUAUAGAAAAAUUGCCAGUCGCUGUACGGAUUUUGAAAAUCACAGGACAGAGUCUGAGUGGAGAAGAUCGUUGAUUGUGAAACGUUUUGCUUUCGAAGCCUUCGACUGUUUCCUGCCGUUGUUUUAUAUUGCUUUUUAUCAACUGAAUGUUGUUAAUUUACGCAGGGAACUCGUUGGUCUGUUUGGAGGAGACGAAAUACGAAGGCUGGUCGUGGAGACCAUUAUUCCAUUCGCGACCGAACAUUUUUCCCAAUGGCGAAUUAAAAGACAAUUCAAGAAGAUAAAUAAAAUAUCCCAAGUACAAGAACAGGAAAUAUCCGACUCCGUUCUCGAAGAAUACGACCAAUUCGAUGAUUACUUGGAGAUGGUCAUGCAGUUUGGAUAUAUAACAUUGUUUGCAUCAGCAUUUCCACUGGCAUCUGCUAUCGGCGUUUUAUUUUUGUUCAUCGAAAGCCGUUCCGAUAUGUUCAAACUACUUUUUAUAUAUCAACGACCCAAAGUUAUGAGGACAUGCGAUAUAGGUGUUUGGUACAAUGUCCUUUGGUGUAUGAUAGCUGUUUCGAUGUUAACCAAUACUGUAAUAAUGGGUUUCUCCUCCGAACAGCUUGCCGAAUGGCUUCCGUGGAUGUACGAAACAGCGGAUGAUGGCGACCAGUAUAUUAAGCUGGGAUAUGGCAGGUACAUAGUUGCUUCAGUUUUUGCUUUCGAACAUUUUUUGAUCCUGUCUGCGUUGUUUAUCACGUGGUUUAUUAACACUCAACCUAAGUGGGUUCGGAUUGCCAAGGCCAAGGAAGAACAUCAGAAGAAACUGGAAGGAGAGAUGGCGAUACUACAGACCAAAAAACUGCAGUAGGUAAUAUACGUGCGCAGCUUGUGUAACAUAUAAUAAUAAUCAAAUUUAUUGAAAAUAGAGUUAUUUGUAGUAAUUCUAACUAAGGAAAUUGACGUACA